AUGCAAUUCUCCUCCGUCUUCGCCAUCUUCGCCGCCACCAUGGUUGCUGCCGCACCUACUUCUCCCAUCGACUCAACUCUUGAGGCUAGAAAGGACCCCGGUGCCAUCGCUGCUUGUGAGACGCAGACAGCAGCCGACCAGGUUGCCUGCAUCGACAAGUGCAAUAAGGACGCCGCGUGCAUUACUGCUUGCUCGCUGGAUGCAGCCCAAAAGUACACUGCUUGCGCUACGAAAUAG